AUGAAGUUCCUGGCCCUGCUCCUUGCCAUCUGCGCCUUGGUGUCCUGCGUCUUGGUUCAAGCCCACCCUCAUCCUCAUCCUGGACCGAUCGCGGGACCACCGCACCAUGGACCCACUCAUCAUGGAGCUGCCCAACUAAAGCUACCUGAAGGCGAACACCAUCACAAACAAGCACCUUCUCAUCAUGCUCCUGCUGCUCACCAUCAGAGGAUGAACUUUAUUCAGCUGAUCUGCGUCUUUUUUGCCGUCCUCGCCGGUCUUAUGGUGCAGGCCGCCCCUAACCACCACCACGGCGGUCACCACAACGGCCCGGUCAUCCAUCUGCCCAACAUUUUCGGCCAUAACCACCACGGUGGACAUCACGGAGGCGGACAUCACCACGGAGGACAUCACCACGGGCAUGGCUACGGUCACGGGUACGGUCACGGACACGGCUACGGACAUGGAUACGGGCAUCACGGC